GCCAAAAUGUCUGCUCCCAUCGGGCGCUUGCCAACCGAAAUUUAUCAAAUGGUGCCAAUCUGGCGCAGACUACAAUUUUAUAAGGCUGUGUGGCCGGACGACGCGGGCUAAUGGCCGGACCGGCCGAGUGGCUGAGACUGAACGGCCAACUGGUGGCCGUUCCUAGUGUGGUCUGCGAGCGGCGGCCCGCGUUCGACGCCGCGCUCAGCCGCGCCGCCUGGGAGGCGCUGGCCGAGCCGCAGCGCGACCACCUGCGGACGCUGCUACCUACCUUUCCUGGAGACGAUGACGGCAAGGAGCAGGAGGAGACACUUCGCCGACUGUUUGCCGGGGAGAACUUUCGGUUCGGUAACCCGCUGGACCAGUUCUUCUCGCUGCUGCACGACGGUCGGCUGACGGACCAGAUCCACUCGCUGCGGAGACUUACCGCCGAGACGCGCCAACGCGACGCAAAGGUAUGGCAGCAGAACUACAUGGACAACCUGCUGAGAGAGCUGGUGACGAAGCGGAAACAGUUGUUGGACGCGGCCGUCAAAACGCCCCCGGAUGCACCCAUAACACUACCUCCUGCAAAGAAAAAGUGCCGGCGAGCCGUGCUGGAGCAGCGCGCCCGCAAGCGCUACUUCCGAGAGCUGGAGCUGGUGCGGGCAGAGGCCGGCUGUCCGGCCGACGAGCUGUCUCCCGACGAAAACUACCCAGAGGGGCCGCCACCGGUGUUAUCACGGAAGCAGCAGCGCCAUCUCACCAAACUGGAGGCCACGCUGGGCGGCGAGCACGUGCCGGUGGCGGCCACGAGCAGCCGGCUGAUGACCCGCGGACCCCACCUGGUCGAGCACGCCUCACCCGAGGAUAACCCGUACCAGGUGGCCGAGGCGCGGCUGGGACAGCUGCUGAAACAGCACCGGAAGCGUCGUGCCCGCGGACAGGUGCCUGCGGUCAGCGCGCGCGACCGGCAGCGUCUGGACCUGCAGUCGCUGCUGAAGCGCUCCUCCCCGGCCGGCCAUUCCACCGACUCUGACUCCGACACCGCCGCCGUCGCCGCUCCCUCGAGGGCCGUGACUGCCACCGUCGUCAAAAAGUCCUCCACACCUCCCCCGCCUCCUCCGCCGGCGCCGCCGCCGCCUCCAUCUACCGUCAUCGCUCCUGCCCCAACCCCCACCGCCACCGCCACCUCUGCCGCCGCCGCCUGCUGGCAGUCCGCCGCGCUCGGCCAGAAAACACACACCAGCUUCUUCUCCCUGCUCCGUGACGUUCUGUGCUCGGACCCGGCCGACCGUCUGGCCGAGACGAGCGUGUACAGCGCGGUGACGGCGUGGCAGCGCUCGCCGAUAGCGGCGCUCAAUGACUGGUACGGCCGAGAGAGCAGCUGGGUGGAGGCGCUAGGGUCGGCGCUGGCCUUCCUGUCGGGAGAAGUGAGAGAGUUGCAAUCUCAGAUAAACCUGGUGCCUUUUCUGGACCACGUGCGGGAGUCGGGCAUCUACCAGUGGAUCGGGGCGGGCCGCGACUCCGACAUUCACCUCGAGUCGCUCUGCGCCUACUGGCUCCAGAGAAAGGACACGAUCAGCGUGAAGCGGGAACCGUCAGGAGACGGCAGCGGUCCUCCGGCAACGCUACACCCCACCUCGUGGACCGUGGUACCGAGCACACCAGCCGAGAAGGACGAGUACAGACAACAGGAGCGGCUGCGGUACCAGGCGCCGCGGCGGGCCUUCACGUACCGCCUGCACGGCUACCGGUCCACUGUGGGCCCUGUGCGCAGCGGGCGAGACUCGAAGGCGGGCCGCGGCCACGCGCUGCUGACCGCCGCCCGGCCGCCCGGUGUCACCCUGCUCAGCCUGGUACGGGAUGCCGUGGCGCGCCUGCCCAACGGCGAGGGCUCGCGCGCGGAUGUCUGUGAGCUGGUGCGCGACUCUGGGUUCCUGGUGGCCGGCAGCGGCGAUCAGCCGGUCUCGGCCGCAGUCAGCUCGGCCAUGGACCGGCUUCAGGCAGAGGUGGACCCGUGCCUGCGCUACGACUCGCACCGCAAGGUGUGGAUGUAUCUGCACCGGCACCGCACAGAGGCCGAGUUUGAGACGCUGGAGCGGCAGCGCCAGGCCAGCUGUCCGCGCCGCAGGCAGGCCGUUAAACGCUCCGCGCCGACGCCGGCGGUGUCUGCGACUGGUGGUGUGUCGGCGGCGGCGACCGUGGUGGCCGUGGGAGCGGCACCAGCGGGAGCCUCACUGCUCAAACCGCGGGCUGGUGCGCUGACGGUGGCCCAGCCCAAGUUCAGCGCGCCGGCGCCGGUUCCGCCGGUCGCGCCGGGCUCGGCUCCUGCUGCAGCGGCAGUGAGUGCCGUACUUCCGUCAGAGCCGACCUCUCUGACACAGACGGAGCUGGCGGUGCAGAGUAUCCUCCCGGCCGCGCCUCCCAACGUCCCCCUGGCUCCCGCGCCCGCCUCCGUCGCUGUGCCGGCGCCGGCCGUGCUGGCCGCUGCUCCGACGGCGGCGAGCGUGGCUCAACUGCAGCUGGUGUCUCGGGCGGCGGCGCUGUCCCCGGCUGUGGCCGCCAGCCCGCCUCUAGCCGCCGUCGCCGGUCACCCACCCACCGUGCAGUCGGUGAAGGUGGUGAAAAACCAGCACACCAUCGUACACAUCCCCUCGAAAACCCCGGGCGCCGCGCCGCAGCUGGCGCUCCUCGCCAACGGCAAGCUGAUCCCGAUCGUUAACCAGCCAGCCACUGUGAAGGCGGUGGACGGUCGGCCGCGCGCCUCACUGGUGGUGGCCCCGCAGCGGCCGGUGGCGGCGGCGGCGGCGCGCGUGCGGCCGGCGGCCCCGGCUGUCACCGUGCAGGAGGCGCCGAGGAGGCCGCUGCUGAGCCGGCCGGCCCCGGUGGCGGUGGCGCCGGUGGCCAGCGCGGCAAUAGCGCCGCAACAGGUCGUUCAGGUAUCGGGCUCGACUGCGCUUCCUGCCGUUCCUGCCGCCUUGGCACCGGCACCAGUCACCUCUGUCACGCUCGGCGCCCCCGCCGCGGCCACCUCCGCCGCCGCUGUCACUGCGGGCUCCGCCGGCGGCGCCCUGAAACACAUCACCAUCCCGGUCUCCCAGCUGUCGCGGCUGCUACAGCAGCAGGCGGGCAGCGGGGCGGCCGGCGCGCUGACACUGGCCCAGAUCGGUGGCCGGCAGGUACUGAUUGCCGCCCGGCCGGCGGCCAAACCGCCUCAGCCGCAGCUGGUGCAGCGCGUGCAGGCGCCUACGCAGACGGUGCAGGCCGUGCAGGGUAUGCAGAGCGUGCACACCGUGCGGCCCGCACAGCAGGUGGUGCUACAGGCGGCUACUCACGUGGUACCAGCGUCGGGUGUCGCUCCCACCCGGCAGAUCUCAGUGGCCACAUCCCAACUUCAGCUGGCGGCGGGCGGCGCGGUCUCGGCCGUCCGUCCUGUAGCCGCCGGCCGGCCGGUAGUACUCAGCUCGGCCGCCCAGUCGCCCGUACAGCUGCUCUCCGGCGGACUGAGGACGCUGCACGGCUACAAACUGGUGCAGCUGCCGGCCAGCGCCGCCGCCACCGUGCAGGCCAGAGGUGUAUCCGUUGCAACUGCGGUCCAUCAGAAGCCGGUGCCACGGCCGGCUGACCUGCUCGCCCCGCUCGUGGCAGCGACUCUGUCGUCCCCUGCGGCCGCGGCAGUCUCCUCAGCGACCGCAGCGUCACCUGCCGUCACUCAGUCGUAACACAAGUACCCGCCGCCGCCGACAGGUGGCGGUCGCAGCCAGUGCGCCCGUAGGUUAGCGUUGUUAUUGUUUUACCUCAUUGCCCAUCUCAUACGGUCAUCGAUACCUGUGUUCACUGCCCUCAUUUUCAUCCUGGACGAAGUGUCGUGUGUUUUGUAUCUCGUUUAUGCUGUGAUUGGGGGCCUGUUGGCGGGAGACGCCAGUAAAUAUCUCGAUCCUUACGUGCCUCACUGGGCGUCGGGGAGUGCAUGCGUCCGACAUUGGACAGUGCAUAAAUACCUAUAACAAUAUAUACCUUAUCGAAUGAGCUUGAAC